AUGACUACCUCCAGCGAUGAGCUAGUUGGAAAGCUCAGUGCUAUGACUAUUGUGGGAGAUGAAGACCAGGAACGUGUUGACGUAAAUGCUCGCCGGGCAAUUGGCUGCAAUAAUACACCAGAGGAAGAUUGCCAGAAUUCUAUUCAACCUACCAACGUAGUUAGCUCUGAUGCCCAGACUGAAACUGAGUCUAAACGAAUAGAUUUCUUGAUUGACACACUCGGAACGAACGAAUUUUCCAUCAAUAAACCCGCAAUCCGCUGCUUGCUUAUACAUUUUGAAAGAGAUAUCAGAGACAUAAUUCGAAGAUUUAUUCAUGAACCUUCAACUGGGGAUUUCAUAUGGAAGACCAUGGAGGAAUGUUACAAUGAAGCUGUCAGCCCAUCCGGUACUCUAAACGCUCAUGGUUUUUUCGACUAUUUAAAGGAUUCUCCGUGCAUACGAAGUAUGGAUUCUGAUUUCGAGAGUCAAGAUCAUGCUGGGAAUUUCAAAGGAGAACGAUCAUGGGCAGACUUUUGGGUCACAGUGUUAGACUGCUCGCAUGGAGGACCUACACUGUUUUGUCCCCGAAACAGUAGCGAUACCAACCUCGGAAGCUCAGACGAUAUCCCGAGGUACCUAUUCCGAGUCUUCGAUGAAAAAAGCUCCGGCAUAAACAGCGAACAAAUUUUUGAAUCUUCAGGAAGGAACAGAUACAAUACCGAAAAAGGUCCUAAUGCCGAUCUUGUGAGUUUGCCGCACUCAACAGCAACAGAUUUGAUAUUCUACCAUUUGAAAUCCAAGAACGGUGAAAAAGACAUGGACGACAAUCUGGUAUCUUGGACGAGCUCACUGCUUUUUGCUAUACAAUAUGCAUUGAUCGAAAAAUAUCUUCCCACGGUUGAAAACUCGGGCAACGAAAUUGAAGAUUUCUUUUUAUUUCGCCUCAGAGAUGAGAGGUACUACAAUGGCGAGUACUUGUCGCAAGGUCUUCUGAAUCAUGCAGGUAGAUCUUGUGUGGUCAAUUUCACACAACUGGAAAGCGCCGGUCUCUACCGGCUGUAUCCCGAAUUCCAAGACGUAAAAAGUAAAUCCCAAUGGGCGGACCGAGUGCUCGAUCUACGUAAAAAAUGGUCUCUGCAGCGAACAACAACCAACGAGGAAAUUUCAGAUGCGCUCAAAAUUGCAAAGGAAUGCUUUGACGCAAGCGACAUAGCUUACGUAUUGUUAGGGUUUAGGAAUCGUAAACUAUCAUACAAAAUCAAGCUUACCAAAAAUCCGGCUCCAUCGUGGGCCGACAAGCCGGUUGAAGUCAAUCGGUAUUGGCAGGCACUAGAGAUAUUGAAGCAUUUAAGAAAAAAUUUGGGGCAUGAUGCAGGGAUUCGAGACAUCUACAGGGUUACACAGUAG